AUGACCGGCACGGUGGCGGAUUACAAAUCGAUGAAACUGGCCUGCCUCACUGUGGAAACUUCGUCUAUGCUGCCAGAGUGGCAUGUGAAAAAGGCGUAUGUGAGGGCGCUGAACGUCCAGGAUCCUCCUGAUAGAAAAAGCCAUGCCGUCGAAAAACUGGAGUCAAGGUGUGCCUGGUCCCACGCGAGCAAGUUCACAGUGCAGCUGCGCAUCGAACGGAAGGCGAGAUUUUACUGCUGGCAGGUAUUUGUUGUGACGUAUCUCAUCACGAUGCUAUCUUGCACUCCGCUCGGCAUGGACCCGUCGGCAGUCGGAGACCGGCUUGCAAUCUUCGUAGGCGGCAUGCUGACUUUGGUGGCCUUCAAAUACGGAGUCUCUGACCAUCUGCCGAGCGUGCCGUACCAGACUUUUACUGACAAGUUCCUGCUGGCUCAGAUCAUGACUGUUUUCUGCUGCGGCAUCCUAUCAAUCGUGAGCUACAGAAUUUUGUACAUCUUCCCAGAGCUGCAUGUCUGGAUAGACUGGUUGGAGAAUAUCAUCGGCUUCAGUUUGUUUUUCGCCUGGACAAUUGUGCUUGGUACGUCGAGCUUGCUGAAAGACUCGUGGAGGGAUGCGAAAGACUCGUGGAAGUCGAUUGGAAAGCGCGACGUGGAGGGCAUGGACGAGUGGAGGCGAGAGGAGGAGAGUCGCCUAUCCGCCGGGAACGCACUAGAGUCCGCCCUGCCCUCGGACGCGUCGACUUGCGUGUCCGAGGAGGAGUUCAGGAAGCUGGGCCUGACGCAGGAGCAGCGCGAGCGCAUCAUGGACUGGCACGCGCGCGGCCUCCUGGGGCCCACGGCGCAAGACGCCAAGCUCCUCGAGGGGACCCCCGUUCGGGCCGCAGGCCAGGUCUGA